AUGGAAGCUCCAAACGAGGAGUUUGUCCCGCAAACCCAAUCCAUAACAGACGUCUACUCAAACGAUCCUGGGAGUGGAGUUAGCGUUUCCUCCGACCAGAAACUCCGCUGGAACAAUUUCAUUGCCCAAUUCAAAAAGCUGUAUGGUGCGGCUCCGGAUUUUGUCGCCCGGAGCCCUGGCAGAAUCAAUAUAAUUGGUGAACAUAUCGACUAUUCACUAUACGAUGUCCUUCCAACUGCUGUCAGCGUCGAUGUUUUGAUUGGCAUCAAGAUUCAUCCUGCAGAAAAGAAUCAAGAAUCGUGGGCUAAAGUGGCUAAUAUCACUGAUGCCAAGUUUCCCGCUAGCCAGUUUACUAUUCCUAAAGAUAGCGAUAUAGAAAUUGAUCCCAAGAAGCAUGAGUGGGUUAAUUACUUUAAGGCAGGCCUGCGGGUGGCAUUGAAAUGCCUGCGGGAAAAGAAUAAGUCUGGGGACUUUGCUCCUGUUAGUUUUGAGGUGCUGGUGGAUGGCAAUGUUCCCCCCGGAGGAGGAAUAUCCAGCAGCGCGGCAUUCGUCUGCUCCAGUGCGCUGGCCGGAGUAAAGGCCAAUGGCUAUGAUAUUUCGAAGCAGGAGCUUCAGGAUAUAGCUAUCGUUUCCGAGCGUGCUGUUGGAGUAUACUCUGGAGGAAUGGACCAAGCAGCGUCCAUUUUCUCCCGCCGCGGAUACCUCCUCUACGUCCGUUUCUUCCCAACCUUUCACAUCCAACACGUCCCCAUCCCGAAAUCAGACCCAGAAUUAACCUUCCUGGUUGCCCAAAGCUUCAUCACAUCCAACAAAGCCGAAACCGCUCCACGUCACUACAACCUGCGAGUCGCAGAAUGCACCUUAGCCACCAUCGUCCUCGCCAAGAUGCACAACCUCACGCUCCCCAAGGACUCCAGCUCGCUAGGCUACAGCCUGCGCAACUUUCAUGAAGAACUAAUGCGCAAAGAAGGCCGUCUCCAAGACCCUCAGGAAUACCAACUCGACUCCAUCAUCAUGGCUGCCGCAGAUUACCUGACCAGGGAAGAAGGCUAUACGCGCGAAGACAUUGCUGCACUGCUAGAAAUAUCCGUCCCAGAACUCGAGAAGCAAUUCCUCUCCACCUUCCCUGUGCAAGCGGAGCGCUUCUUUCUCCGCCAACGUGCCCUGCAUUGCUUCAAGGAAGCAAGACGCGUCCUGGACUUCAAGGCCUGUCUUGCCCGGUCUCAACACCAGGGCCAUCUGGACAAUCACAAUGUCCAAUACCUGGGCCAAUUACUUAAUGCGUCCAUGGCUUCUUGCCAAGAGCUGUACGACUGUACUUGUCCCGAGGUGGAUGAGAUUUGCAAGAUUGCUCUGCGGGCUGGCGCGUUAGGGAGUCGAAUUACGGGGGCCGGUUGGGGUGGAUGCACUGUCCAUAUGGUUCUGCAGGACAAAGUUGCGGAUGUGAUGGAAGCGUUGAAGAGAGAGUAUUAUUCUCAGAGGUUUCCGGAUCUUAGUCCGGAGAUGUUGGAGCAGGCUAUGGUUGUUAGCAAGCCAUCGAAUGGCUCUUUUGUGUAA